UCUCCCCUCAGGGGGAGCUGCUAUCGCCGGCCGCGCCUCGGCCCGCGGCCCCCGCGGCCAAGAUGGACCUGGGCAGCGGCGGCCGGAGAGCGGGAGCUGCCCCCGCGGGCCCGGCCGCCUGGAGACCUUUCCCCUCCGCCUGCUGCUGCUGCUUCGCCUCGCUCCUGGAUGUGAACAGCUGGCUGCUCUUCUACGGCUUCCUCUACCUGGCCCUCUAUGCCCAGGUGUCCCAGUCUAAGUCCUGCGACAAAAUUUCCUGCUUCUCGGGUCAUUGUGUCAACUCCACCUGCGUCUGCGACCAGGGCUGGGUGGGAGACCAGUGCCAACACUGCCAGGGCAGGUUCAAGUUAACAGAACCUUCUGGAUAUUUAACAGAUGGACCUAUAAAUUAUAAAUAUAAAACUAAAUGCACAUGGUUAAUUGAAGGAUACCCAAAUGCGAUACUAAGACUAAGAUUUAAUCACUUUGCCACAGAAUGUAGCUGGGACCAUAUGUAUGUAUAUGAUGGAGAUUCAAUAUAUGCACCUUUAAUAGCUGUGUUUAGUGGUCUAAUAGUCCCUGAAGUGCGUGGAAAUGAAACAGUUCCUGAAGUGGUUACUACAUCUGGCUAUGCAUUGCUACACUUUUUUAGUGAUGCUGCUUAUAACCUGACAGGUUUUAACAUUUUUUAUUCAAUUAACUCUUGCCCUAAUAACUGCUCAGAGCAUGGCAAGUGCACAACCAGUGUGUCUGUACCGAGCCGGGUGUACUGUGAGUGUGACAAGUACUGGAAGGGAGAGGCCUGUGACAUUCCCUACUGCAAAGCCAACUGUGGGAGUCCGGAUCACGGCUACUGUGACCUGACAGGAGAGAAGCUCUGUGUUUGCAAUGACAGCUGGCAAGGUCCAGAUUGUUCUUUGAACGUCCCCUCCACGGAGUCUUACUGGAUUCUGCCCAAUGUGAAGCCCUUCAGCCCCUCUGUGGGCCGUGCUUCCCACAAGGCUGUCCUGCAUGGGAAGUUCAUGUGGGUGAUUGGUGGAUACACCUUCAACUACAGCUCAUUCCAGAUGGUGUUGAACUACAAUUUGGAAAGCAGUAUAUGGAAUGUAGUGCCUGUAUCCAAAGGGCCACUCCAGAGAUACGGACACACGCUUGCUUUGUAUCAGGAAGACAUCUACAUGUAUGGAGGCAAAAUUGAAACAAAUUAUGGCAAUGUCACUGAUGAACUGUGGGUUUUCAACAUACCCAGUCAAACAUGGAGUACCAGAAUUCCUGCAGUCCUUGUCCAUGGACAGCAAUAUGCUGUGGAAGGUCAUUCAGCACACAUAGUAGAGCUGGACAGCAGAGAUGUGGUUAUGAUUGUAAUUUUUGGAUAUUCUUCCAUAUAUGGUUACACAAGCAUUGUGCAAGAAUACUACAUCAGGUCUAACUCUUGGCUGGUACCAGAAACAAAAGGAGCAAUUGUUCAAGGUGGAUAUGGCCAUACCAGUGUCUAUGAUGAACUGACAAAAUCUAUUUAUGUCCAUGGUGGAUACAAAGCAUUGCCUGGCAAUAAAUAUGGACUGGUGGAUGAUCUUUACAGAUAUGAAGUUAAUACUCGGACAUGGACUAUUUUGAAAGAGAGUGGCUUUGCAAGAUACCUUCAUUCAGCUGUCCUAAUCAAUGGAGCUAUGCUCAUUUUUGGUGGAAACACUCAUAAUGAUACUUCCCUGAGCAAUGGUGCAAAGUGUUUUUCUGCUGAUUUUCUUGCAUAUGAUAUAGCUUGUGAUGAAUGGAAGGUUUUACCAGUAAAGAAUAUAAGAAAAUGUGCCUACAAUAACUGUUGACUUUCCUUGCUUUUUCCCAAUAGAUCCAUGUACAUAUUUGGGGGUUUUUCAAGUGUUCUAUUGAACGACAUCCUUGUGUACAAACCUCCCAACUGUGAAGCAUUCAGAGAUGAAGAGCUGUGCAAAAAUGCUCGUCCAGGAAUAAGGUGCCUGUGGAACAAGAAACAUUGUGAAUCUUGGGAAUCUGGACAUGCUAAUAAUAUCCUUAGAGCAAAAUGUCCCAAGAAAACAGCUGCUGCCGACGACAGAUGUUACCGCUACGCGGAUUGCGCCAGCUGCACCGCCAACACCAACGGCUGCCAGUGGUGCGACGACAAGAAGUGCAUUUCAGCAAACAGUAACUGUAGCAUGUCAGUUAAAAACUACACGAAGUGUCACGUGAGGAAUGAGCAGAUCUGCAAUAAACUGACGAGCUGCAAGAGCUGUUCCCUGCACCUGAACUGCCAGUGGGACCAGCGGCAGCAGGAGUGCCAGGCACUACCUGCUCACCUGUGUGGAGAAAGAUGGAAUCACAUUGGAGAUGCCUGCCUCCACAUCAAUUCCAGUCGGGAAAGCUACGACAAUGCCAAACUGUAUUGCUACAAUUUGAGUGGAAAUCUUGCCUCAUUAACAACCUCAAAAGAGGUGGAAUUUGUUCUGGAUGAAAUACAGAAGUAUACACUUCAGAAAAUUUCACCCUGGGUGGGUUUGCGCAAGAUCAACAUCUCCUACUGGGGCUGGGAUGACAUGUCCCCUUUCACAAACACCACCCUGCAGUGGCUCCCUGGAGAGCCCAACGACUCUGGCUUCUGUGCCUACCUGGAGAGAGCAGAGGUGGCAGGGCUGAAGGCAAAUCCCUGCACUGCCAUGGCAGACGGCCUCGUGUGUGAAAAACCCGUCGUCAGUCCCAACCAGAAUGCCAGGCCCUGCAAAAAGCCGUGCUCCCUGAGGACAACCUGUUCCAACUGCACCAGCAAUGGCAUGGAAUGUAUGUGGUGCAGCAGCACCAAACGAUGUGUGGACUCCAAUGCCUACAUCAUCUCCUUCCCAUAUGGGCAGUGUCUGGAGUGGCAAACUGCCACCUGCUCCCCUCAAAACUGUUCUGGGCUGAGGACCUGUGGGCAGUGUUUGGAACAGCCAGGGUGUGGAUGGUGCAACGAUCCCAGUAACACUGGCAAAGGACAGUGCUUGGAAGGCUCCUCAAGAGGCCCAAUGAAGCCUGUCAGUGUCCACUCCAAUGAAAUGGUGCUUGAUGCUACUCUUUGCCCAAAAGAAAAAAAUUAUGAGUGGUCUUUUAUCCAGUGUCCAGCUUGCCAGUGUAACGGCCACAGCACCUGCAUCAACAGCAAUGUGUGUGACCAGUGUAAAAACCUAACAACAGGAAAGCAGUGUGAAACCUGCAUGCCAGGAUAUUAUGGAGAUCCCACAAAUGGAGGACAGUGUACAGCUUGCACAUGCAGUGGACAUGCAAAUAUCUGUCACAUGCAAACAGGAAAGUGUUUCUGCACAACAAAGGGAAUCAAAGGAGACCAGUGUCAACUCUGUGACUCUGAAAAUAGGUAUCUUGGAAAUCCACUUAGGGGAACAUGCUACUACAGCCUUUUGAUUGAUUAUCAGUUUACCUUCAGCUUAUUACAAGAGGAUGAUCGUCAUCACACUGCCAUAAACUUCAUAGCCAAUCCAGAACAGUCUAAUAAAAAUUUGGAUAUAUCAAUUAAUGCAUCAAACAACUUUAACCUCAAUAUUACGUGGUCUAUUGGUUCUACAGCUGGAACAAUAUCUGGAGAAGAGAUUCCUGUUGUUUCCAAGGUUAAUAUUAAGGAAUAUAGAGACAGCUUCUCCUGUGAAAAAUUUAACUUUCGAAGCAACCCAAACAUCACUUUCUAUGUCUAUGUCAGCAAUUUUUCCUGGCCAAUCAAAAUACAGAUUGCUUUCUCACAGCACAAUACUAUCAUGGAUCUGGUGCAGUUCUUUGUCACCUUCUUCAGUUGUUUCUUAUCCUUACUGCUGGUAGCUGCUGUCGUUUGGAAAAUCAAACAAACCUGUUGGGCUUCUCGACGGAGAGAGCAACUUAUGCGGGAGCGACAGCAGAUGGCCAGCCGCCCCUUUGCUUCUGUCGAUGUAGCACUGGAAGUAGGAGCUGAGCAAACAGACUUUCUACGAGGGCCAUUAGAGGGUGCUCCUAAGCCGAUUGCCAUCGAGCCGUGCUCAGGAAACAGAGCCGCCGUCCUGACGGUGUUUUUGUGUCUGCCCAGGGGAGCGUCAGGAGUUCCUCCACCCGGGCAGUCAGGUCUUGCAAUUGCAAGUGCUCUGAUAGACAUUUCACAGCAGAAGCCUGCGGACUGUAAAGAUAAGAGUUCAGGAGUCAGAAAUCGAAAACAUCACCUUUCAACACGUCAAGGAACUUGUGUCUGAGAGUCAAGAACUACAAUUGUAUAUUCUGUAAUGUUUUCUUUUUAAAUGGCUUCCAUUGAAAGCUAAACUACAGCCUCAGUUUUUAUGGAGGCAAAUCUAUGAAUGAACACAUGAGGUCCUGUGCUCUGUUGUAGUCACACAGCCUGCUAUCCCCCAAAGCAGAACAAACUUGUGGUAGGUAUGGGUAUGCCUGAAGAGCUUUAAUAAAAAGAGUGGAUCCUGGUAUCAACAAAAUACAAGAUAAAAUACUGAAUAUUCUUAAUCCUGAACAUAUCAGAGCAGGGAAAAUCCUUGGACAGAACUAGGAAAAACUUUACUUUUUUUUUGUAAUGUAGAAGCAAUUGGUAUCAUUGAAAACUGAGCAAAUUCCAAGAAACUAAAGGAAAUUUUUGUAUAGCUUAACAUAACAAUGGGAAUUGUACAGAUUUUCCUUGUAAUUGGCUUUAAGAUUUCUUUCCAGCAAGCAGAAACUAAAGAGAAUAAUUUGGAUUUAGGUGGGUUUUUUUUAUCAUUGCCCAGAAGAGAUAGUCAUCUUUUGAAUUCAGCAAAGGUGUAUCCCAAAAACACCACAUGUAAUAUUUGAAAGAUAAUUCUAUUAAAUACUAAGGCUUGAGAAUUUAAUUAUUAUUUUUCUUCACACUGAAAAAACCUCAUAAAUAUAAUUUGGGCUGCAGAAGAGUGAUGGGUGGGCUUUCUUUUCUGUAUCUCAGAGUUUGUCCUGAUACAGAGAGGGUCCUCCAUGCCACCUAAAUGAUCAGCAAAAUCAACUGAGCAUGGAAAAGCUGCUUUACAGUAUUUUUUCCCAAGAGAGUCUCCAAGACUGCAAAUCUAAGGAGAGUUGAACAUGCUGUUAUUCAACCUGCUCCCGUUUCAAUAUUGAAAUUUUCUAGUAUCUAUAUAUUGUCCUGAGCUGUAAGCAGAAGAAAUUAAUUCCAGUCAACACUUUGGCUCUUGUUUUUAUAAUAAAAUAUGGAUAUUUUUUUCCUCACAACUGCAGAAUUUCAUCUCAUUGUCACUUUAGCACCUGUUAAGGAAUUACCCUAUAUAAAUAAAUAAAAAUGUUUAAAAAUCCAAUUUGCUUCCAACAUUAGUUGUCAAAUCCCACAACCAGUAUGGAACCUCACACAAUCAGUACUCAACAAAAAAAUGCAAUGAAAGAAUUUCCUUUGUGAAAGACUUUAGUCUUUUGGGGGCUCAGUAACCACAACAGAUAACCUGGCAACCAGAUUUAAUGGCCUUCAGUCUUUUUAUUUACAAAAAUUCAUGAACAUAGAAGAGACUAAGAGAAUGCUGAGGGGCAGGUAGCAGAUGUGUCAUAUUCUCAUUUAUGCAUUGCACACUGACAGAGUGUAAUAUGAAACCAGUAGUUUUAUACAAGCUUGUUGAAAGUAUCGUUUCUCAACUCCAAAUUUGCCACCAUCCUAGUACAGGAGAGUGAUACAGAGGUCUAAAUGUCUCAUGUAAUGAUAAACUUUUGGUAAAUAUGAAAGAUAUAAAAAGAUAAUUGAUGUUUACUACUAUAUCUGUAUUUUUUAUGUUCUUUUUAUUUCAGAAAGAUGAUGACAUUUUACUGUUUAUAGUUGACUACAUAGUUACUUGCAUGCCAUGGUGGUGCAGUAGCAGUAAUAAAGCCCUGUUGUGAGUUGUGUUUAUUUCCUAAAGCCAUUCAUACAUAGAAGUACUCAGCUUAAUUUGGAUGAGGACUAAAUGUAAAAAUAAUUAUUAAAAAGGAACAAUUGUACAGUAUGUAGUUAUAUCUUAUACAGGAGUAUUAGGUUGCAUCUAACCAUGACUGCUCUAUUGUUUUGAUAAAUUAUGCACUUAUGAAUUAUGGUAUAAUUAUUUCUUAUACUGGCAUGAUUGUUUCAGUAUUUUCAUAUCUUAAAAUAAGAUUAUUAUCUUAAGAUAAUGUCAUCACAAUCUUGUGACUUUUAUUGCCUAUUCUGACCUCAUAUAACUUAAAACUUUAAAAAUUCAUUUUUAAAGGUUCUGUUGGGAACUUUGAACCAGUGCUACUUAGCCUAGUGAAAAAAUUGUCCUUUGAAAACAACCCUUUCUGCCAGUUUUAAAGUUAAUUUGUUCAAGUGAAUAUAAACUGAAGGGACUGGUUUAUGUGAUGCAUACACUUAGGAAAAAGAAAGAGCCACUUGUCUGGAAUAUAUUCCAAAGUCUCAACCUAAGCAUUUCACAUGAGAAAUAUACAGUGUGUGUUUUGUGAAUGUACUGGAAACCACAUCCACAGAAAGAGCAUCCAGUCCUGUAGGAGAGUUUUAUCUUCGCUCACUCAUACAGGAUUACUCUGUAUCUCAACCAGAGUUCGAAAAAUACUUGAAAAUCAGGUAUGAGUUUUAAAGGGAUUAAAAUAUUUUAUUGCAACACUAAAGAUAGGCCAAGAGUGAUCAGCCAUUUUACUGUUUUCAGGUAAAAAAUGUUACUUUACUGUACAAGAAAAGCAUGUUUGUCAUGGGAUCAUUCAGCAUUUCCCUUCACUCUGAGAAUUUUUUUUUCUGAAGUUAUCUUUCUUCUCCCAGGAUCCCUGAUUGCAUGCAAAUUAGUAAAUUCAUAUAAUAAUGAAGUAAAUAAAAAUACUUAUAUAAUGGCCACAUAUAAAAACAAGGAGUUUGCAAACACAUCUUAUACCAAAGCUUUCUUUUUGGAAGGUAUAAAUAGCAUAAAUGUCUGAUAACUACAUUUUGUUAGUUGUUGACAAGUGCAAACUUUUUGGUAACGACCACUGUACAUCAGAUGAGAUGUUUUAUGAACAGUCCCAUUAUGAUUGUGUCAAGAAAAGGCCAUAUUCUUUUUUAAACUCUGUUCUCCAAUUUAACUUUGGAACCCUUUCUUAGAGUCAGAAAAUGUUGAAUGGCCUGUUUUACUCUUAAUGUGAUUUAUAUUGGAUGAAAAAUAAACGAGUAAGUGCUGUUCUGGUAAGUAAAGCCCCAGUGAAGUUCUGAUUGUCAGGAUUCAACCUCCCCCUCCUCAGUCCAGGGAUUCUGCUGAGGGAAAUCCAGCAGCUACGAAUUACUGUUCCAAAUAUGAGAUAGCCUGUCCAUGGUAACAUGGGCUUAGUACUCCAUUUCCUCUUUGUAUUUCUAUAUUUAUAUAAAAUUCUGGAAAUACUUAAAUCGAAUUUGCACACUUCAGAAUAUUUGCUUCCAUUCAUUACAUUCCUAUGAAAUGUAAUGAAAUGUUUGUUCAGCUGUACAAAAAAAAAUUAAAAAAGGUUAUCGGUAUGUUACCACUAUUAAAAUUAUUUCAUAAAAAAGGUCAAAUUCUUGACACAUUAAGCUAUGAAUAUACCAUUAAGAAACAUUCAAAUUCAUCUGAUUUGAGGAUUUUCAUAGCUGACUGCUCUUUU